AUGGCUGACAGCGAUGACGAUGAUUUGUCUUUGAGACCUGACACAUUGGCUGUAUUACAGCAGUUCUUGAAAGAACAAUCUGCUCAACAAGAGACAGAACAACAGGGAACAGACAUUGGCGAGGAUUGGAACCUCUCUCAGUUUUGGUACGAACCAUCAACAUCACAACAUGUUGCAGAGACUAUAGCAAAAGAGAUAGAGGGAGAGGGAAAGAAGCGAGUGCUGUUCCUAUCGACACCAUCUAUAUUCAAAGCAGUACAUCAAGACGAAGCACUGUCUAAGCAGUUGGACUACCAUCUGUUUGAGUAUGAUAAGCGUUUCGGAGUGUUUGGCGACAGGUUCCGCUUCUACGACUACAGGGAUCCAGUUGGCUUCCCAGCGAGCUACAAACAAUCAUUCGACUACAUCUGCUUUGAUCCACCCUUUCUCAGCCAAGAGUGCAUUGAAAAGGUGGCACUGAGCAUAGAGGCGCUGUCACACGCCUCUACCCGACUGCUCAUUCUCACUGGUCGCAUUCAGUGGCCACACAUCAAUCGACUCUUUGCCAACAUGCGCGUCUGUAAAUUCAAGCCCGAGCAUCCACGUCUCCAGAAUGACUUCUUCUGCUGCUCCAACUACGACUCUGAGCAGCUUGGAAGAGAGGAGGAGGGUGUUUCCAAUACCGCCAGCACAAGCAGUAGUAGUUGA